AUGCGCAAAGCCAUUGCUCUCUUGGCCCUCGCGGGCUCUGCUGUGGCUAGCCCUUACAACAAUGCCUUGAAUGUCACCACUCCAGCAAAGUCCUCGGCACCUGGGACUCCGUCAACCUGGCCUGGUUCGGGGGCUUCGACUUCUCAUUCAUCUGGGUCUGGUUCAAAGACUGAGACUCGGUCGACUUGGCCUGGUUACUCUACUCCCCAGUCUUCGACAGUUGCCGUCUCUUCUUCCUCCAAGUCUCCCCAGUCAUCACCUAUUGCCGUCUCCUCUUCCACUCGCUCUCUGGCAAUCUCCACCCCAAAGCAAACUUCUCCUGGUGUGAGCACGCCUGCCCAGUCCAAAGGCCCUAGCGCUAGCGGCAGCAAGGUCAUGACCGAGAAGGACGUUAUUUCUACCUACACCACCAUCUGUCCAAUCACCACCACCACCACCAGCAUAGCGACGACCACUGCCGUUGUAACCUUGCCUUGCGCCGUGUGCCCUGGUGGCACCACCACGAGCCAGACCACGAGCAUCUAUACCACCAUCUGCCCUGUUACGUCGGGCACGACAACCUCGGUGGUUACCACGACGUACAAGUCUACGAUCGAGGUUACGACUUCGAUCACCAAGUCCUCCGUUCCGGUGUUGACUCCAAUCACGAUCAGCACUCCUAACCCGUCGCCUGCCCCCGUCUCUUCUCGCCAGACGACGACUACGACGAGCGUGAUCCCAGUCCUCACGCCUUCGACCAUCUACCAGACGCAGACUUUGACCAAGCCGUGCUCUUCUUGCCCGGGUUCCACUACCCAGGUCACCACUGUUGUUCCUACGGUUGUUCCUGUCACGCCUAUCCAGAUCACCACGCCCAAGGGCACGCCCGUUCCCCAGCAGUCGACUGUCUACCAGACGCAGACUCUGACGCAGCCGUGCUCUUCUUGCCCAGGUUCCACGACUCAGAUCACUACUGUUGUUCCUACGGUUGUUCCUGUCACGUCUGUCCAGGUCACUACGCCUAAGGUUGGAACGACUACGAACGUGGUUCCUGUUCCUCAGCAGUCGACGAUCUACCAAACCCAGACUCUGACCAAGCCCUGCUCCUCUUGCCCGGGGUCUACUACUCAGGUCACUACGGUGGUGCCUACAGUCGUUCCCGCCACGUCUGUCGUCCAGGCCACUUCGCCCAAGACAACUACUUCGACCAAUGUGGUGCCUGUGCCUCAGCAGUCGACUAUCUACCAAACGCAGACUUUGACAAAGCCCUGCAGUACUUGCCAGGGCUCGACUACGCAGGUUACUACGGUCGUGCCGACA